GACCCGCCUCCGCUGCCACGUGACUCAUCCGCGUGGGCCGUUGGGAAGGGGCACGAGAGGCGGGGCCUGGGACGUUCCUUCGUCGAAUAAUAAUCCGCGGAGGCCGGAGGGAAAAUGGCGGGUGGCGCUAAACGGCCGCGAGGCCUGCAGGAGAAAGAGAAAAAGGUUGACUGGCGUAAAUGGAAACAAGAAAAAAAAGAAGAGAAGAAAAAAUGGAGGGAAAUAAAGCUAUUGAGAAAACUGGAAAAGAAAAGAAUGCAGGAGGUGAUAGAAAAACAAAAAGAAGAAGAAAGGGCAAAGGAAGACAAAGGACGUCAUUACACAGUUAGCAUAGCUCUGCCAGGUUCCAUCCUGAACAAUGCACAGUCUCCAGAGUUGCGGACAUACCUUGCUGGGCAGAUUGCCAGGGCCUGUGCCAUCUUCUGUGUGGAUGAGAUUGUGGUGUUUGAUGAGCAAGGAGAAGAUUCGAGGACUGUGGAAGGGCAGUUUGAUGGAAUUGGAAAGAAAGGACAGGCCUGCGUGCAGCUGGCUCGGAUUCUACAAUAUUUGGAAUGUCCUCAAUACCUGAGAAAAUCAUUUUUCCCGAAACACCAGGAUCUGCAGUUUGCCGGGCUCCUGAACCCAUUGGACAGCCCUCAUCAUGUGCGGUUAGAUGAGGACUCAGAAUACCGGGAAGGAGUGGUGUUAGCCCGGCCCACCAAGCCAGGCAAAGGCUCCUUUGUUAACUGUGGGAUGAGGAAGGAGGUACAGAUAGACAGACAGCUAGAGUCUGGUCUUCGAGUCACUGUUCAACUGGACAAGCAGCAGAAUCCAGACAGUAAAAUACAGAAAGGCACUGUAGUGUCCUCGAACCAUCCACGGACUGUGUCUGGCCUGUACUGGGGUUACAAUAUCCGCUUAGCCUCCUGCCUGAGUGCUGUUUUUGCCGAAUGCCCUUUUAAAGAAGGCUAUGAUCUCUCUAUUGGGACCUCUGAGCGAGGGACCUGUGUGGACCAGGCAAUUCUCCCCUCCUUCAGCCAUGUUCUAAUAGUAUUUGGAGGUCUCCAAGGCCUAGAGGCUAGUGUGGAUGGUGACCCAAACCUGGAGACCACUGACCCAAGUGUCUUGUUUGACCUUUACCUAAACACAUGUCCCAGCCAGGGCAGCCGCACCAUCAGGACAGAGGAAGCACUACUGCUAUCUCUGUCUGCCCUGAGACCCCACAUAGAUGAGGCUGUGAGGAAAGCCCGUGGUAGCUGAAGGGGAAAAAACACUGAUCUACAGAACUGAACCUACCUUCUCUCUUGCUUUCACCUGCACCAGCGCUCUUCCUUGUUCUCUGAUGGCUCAUUCCAAGUUAUGUUAACCCUAAACCUAGGAAGAGCUGCUGGGGGUGAUGGGUAAGUCACCAGGGCAGCCUGCCACACUCCAGCCUCUUUGAGAGUGACCACGAAGAGCACAGUACCCUUACCAAAAUGGCUACAGCUUUUUCAUUGACUCAAACCUGAGACUGAGAUUAAGGACCGACUGUACACUGGCUGUGGCUUCUUUGGGAGCACAAACAGCAUGGGAAGCCUGUCAGUGGAUCAUGCAGCACCAAGAGAGGUAUUAGAAAAAAUAAAACAGAACUGUCACAUUUAA